GAGCCCGGCGCGCGCGGCCCCGGCCGCCCCGUGUGUCCCCGUGUGUCCCCUCCCCGAGCCCCCGCCAUGGCGGAGCAGGAGAGCCUGGAGUUCGGCAAGGCGGACUUCGUGCUGAUGGACGCCGUCACCAUGCCCGAGUUCAUGGCCAACCUCCGCCUGCGGUUUGAAAAAGGACGGAUUUACACGUUUAUUGGGGAAGUAGUGGUUUCUGUGAAUCCUUACAAAAACUUGAACAUCUACGGGCGCGACACGAUUGAGCAGUACAAAGGGAGGGAAUUGUACGAGAGGCCUCCUCACCUUUUUGCAAUUGCUGAUGCUGCUUAUAAAGCUAUGAAGAGGCGAUCGAAAGACACCUGCAUUGUAAUAUCAGGUGAAAGUGGAGCUGGAAAGACUGAGGCCAGUAAAUAUAUUAUGCAGUACAUAGCAGCCAUUACCAACCCUGGUCAGAGAGCUGAGGUGGAAAGAGUGAAGAACAUAUUGCUGAAAUCCAACUGUGUGUUAGAGGCCUUUGGCAAUGCCAAAACAAACCGUAAUGACAACUCCAGCAGAUUUGGAAAAUAUAUGGAUAUCAACUUUGAUUUUAAAGGAGACCCAAUAGGUGGGCACAUCAAUAAUUACUUACUAGAAAAGUCUCGUGUGAUUGUGCAGCAGCCGGGGGAACGAAGCUUUCAUUCAUUUUAUCAGCUGCUGCAGGGGGGUUCUGACCAGAUGUUACGAUCUCUACAUCUUCAGAAAGAUGCAUCUGCGUACAACUAUAUCCGUGCUGGAGCACAGCUAAAGUGUUCCAACAACGAUGGUGCAGAGUUCAAAGCAGUAGCUGAAGCCAUGAAAGUGAUAGGCUUCAAGCAAGAGGAGAUUCAGACCGUCUACAAAAUUGUGGCAGCCAUUCUUCACUUGGGGAACUUGAAGUUUUCUGUGGAUGGUGAUACGCCUCUAAUAGAAAAUGGCAAGGUUGUGUCGGUCAUUGCAGAGUUGCUGUCAACCAAAUCUGACAUGGUGGAGAAGGCUCUCUUGUUCCGAACGGUAGCUACAGGACGGGACGUCAUUGACAAACAGCAUACUGAGCAAGAAGCCACCUAUGGCAGAGAUGCCUUUGCAAAAGCAAUAUAUGAGCGUCUCUUCUGUUGGAUUGUGACACACAUCAAUGAUGUGAUCGAAGUGAAGAACUAUGACACUACAGUACAUGGGAAAAACACAGUCAUUGGGGUCCUGGAUAUCUACGGCUUUGAAAUAUUUGACAGUAACAGUUUUGAGCAAUUCUGCAUUAAUUACUGCAAUGAAAAGCUACAGCAGCUCUUUAUUCAGCUGGUUCUAAAGCAAGAACAGGAAGAAUACCAGCGCGAGGGAAUUCCCUGGAAGCAUAUUGAUUACUUUAACAAUCAGAUCAUCGUUGACCUGGUGGAGCAGCAGCACAAAGGCAUCAUUGCCAUUCUGGACGAUGCAUGCAUGAAUGUUGGGAAGGUUACGGAUGAGAUGUUCCUCGAGGCUCUUAAUAACAAGCUAGGGAAGCAUGCUCACUUCUCCAGCAGAAAGCUUUGUGCCACUGACAAAAUCCUGGAGUUUGAUAGAGACUUUCGAAUCAAGCACUACGCUGGAGAUGUGAUUUACUCCGUCACUGGAUUUAUUGACAAAAACAAGGACACUUUAUUUCAGGACUUCAAGCGCCUCAUGUACAACAGCUCUAAUCCUGUGUUGAAGAUGAUGUGGCCUGAAGGUAAACUGAGCAUCACUGAGGUGACCAAGCGACCUUUGACAGCUGCUACCCUUUUUAAGAACUCCAUGAUUGCACUAGUGGACAACUUGGCAUCCAAGGAACCAUAUUAUGUCCGUUGCAUUAAGCCCAACGAUAAGAAGUCACCACAGCUCUUCGACGAGGAACGGUGCAGGCAUCAGGUUGAAUACCUUGGCCUUUUGGAGAACGUGAGAGUCCGUCGAGCAGGAUUUGCCUACCGCCAAACAUAUGAGAAGUUUCUUCACAGGUACAAGAUGAUCUCGGAAUUCACUUGGCCAAACCACGACCUCCCAUCAGACAAAGAAGCUGUGAAGAAGCUCAUAGAGUGCUGUGGAUUUCAGCAUGACAUUGCUUAUGGAAAGACCAAGAUUUUCAUCCGCACGCCCCGGACACUAUUCACCCUGGAGGAUCUGCAUGCCAAGAUGCUUGUGAGGAUCGUCCUCUUCCUACAGAAGGUUUGGAGGGGUACUUUGGCCCGCCUGCGCUAUAAGAGGACACGGGCUGCCCUCACAAUACUCAAGUAUUACCGCCACUACAAAGUGAAGUCCUACAUUCAUGAAGUUGCCCGACGCUUUCAAAAUGUGAGGUCAAUGAAGGAUUAUGGCAAGCAUGUGCAAUGGCCCACUCCACCAAAAGUGCUGCGCCGGUUUGAAGAAGCCCUUCAGACAAUUUACCACAGGUGGAGGGCAAGUGAACUCAUCCGGAGCAUCCCACCAAAAGACCUACCUCAGCUGAGGGCAAAGGUUGCUGCCAUGGAAGUGCUGAAGG